AUGGAUGAAGAAAAUGCACCUGAUUUAUUUAUUGACCCUGCUGAACUUACCUCUUCAACUUCUCAAAAUACACUUGAAUCUGAAACAUUUUCCGAAAUAACCAACCAUCCUCCAAAACGUAUAAAAUCGGAUCCCUUUUGGGAUGAACUUAAUAAAACUACUGAUAAGCGACAAUGCAAAUAUUGCAAUAAAUCUUAUUCAUUGGAAACAGGCCUUUCCACUAUUAAGUCGCAUUUUAAGCGUAAUCAUGUAGAGCGAUAUAAUGAACUUAUGAUAGCUAUUAAGGCUAAUGUUGAGCCUUUUAGUAUCGAUAUGGUUUCAAAAAUUAACCAAUAUCUCUUAAAAUGGAUUGUCACGGAUCAACAAGCUUUUUCUAUUGUUGAAAAUAAGGAUUUUCAACAAUUUAUUAAUCAAUUAACCCAACGGUAUUGCCUUCCAUCAAGACAAUUUAUUUCACGAAGCAUUUUAAACCUAUAUUAUGAUAGUCAAAAUGAGCUUCAUAUGAUACCACUCCAUAAACGUCAUACUGGUAAUUUUAUAACUGAAAAAAUCUUAAACACAAUUUCAUUCUAUAAUAUUGGUUCUUGUAUCAUAUCUGUAACCACUGAUAAUGCAUCAAGUAUGGAUGUAUUUGGACGCAUGCUUCAUGAAAAACUUCAGUAUGAGCAUGGUAAUAUUGAUUUCGAACAUGUCUGCUGUGCAGCCCAUGUAUUAAAUCUUGCAGUAUCUGAUAGUUUGAAAAUUGUCGUCAAUUCGAUUACAAAGUUACGAAACUUUGUAAGUUACAUACGUAAAUCUCAACCAUUAUUUGAGGAACUUAAAAAAAUUUUUCUUGCACAUGGAAGAACUUUCCUUGUACCUGACUUGGAUGUAUUGACGUGGUGGAACAGUACUUAUAAUAUGAUCAAAAAAAUGUUCCAAAUUCGUCAAAUGAUAGACGAUCUUGUUGAUAAUAAUCCUACUUUAAAGGACCGGUAUUUAAAUGAUGCUGAAUGGAAUGAAGUUGAGAAGCUUGACGAUUAUUGGACCAUUCUUCAAAAUUGCUGUAACAUGUCAGUUGUAUUAGACCCAAAUAUGAAACUAUCAUCGUUUAAUAAUAAAACGGCUAUACAUGAACUACUAUACAGUACUUAUGAGCAAUAUAAAGAAUUUGGCAUAUCUAUUGCUAACAACGAUAGGAACUCCUUAAGAAAUUACUUUAGAAAACAUCGUAAUGAAAGUUUAAAUAAUACUUCCGAUGUUCUUGAAGAAUAUUUCACGGCUAUUGAGUACAACUCCACUUCUGUACCUAGCGAAGAGAUGUUUUCUAAAGCCAAAAAUACUAUUAAUCCAAUUCGUAACCGAUUAUCUGAAGAAAAUGCUACUGCAAGCCUUUGCUUAAAAACGUGGUAUAAAUUAG